AUGGCUGCAAACAACGUGCUCCGUAGGGCGCUCUUUUACGUCCCCGGUUCAAACCGCCGCAUGCUUGAGAAAUCUCGCUCCAUUGCUGUGGACUGUGUUGCCUACGAUCUCGAGGAUAGCGUAACGUUUUCCCAAAAAGAUGAAGCUCGGAAGAUGGUCAGGAACGAAAUCGACCAAACAAAGCCGGAUAGUAUCCGGGAACAGUCUGUCCGGAUUAACUCAGUAGGGAGUGGACUAGCAGAGAAAGAUCUGGAGCAGAUGCUACAAUCCCCAAACCUCUCUACAAUCGUCGUCCCCAAAGUCGAUUCAGCCUCCGACCUCCGUUUCGUCCAUGACAUGGUACACCACGCCCUCUCGACCGCCGCACCCUCCACACCCCGAACCCCAAUCUCCAUCCUCGCCCUCAUCGAAAGCGCCAAAUCCCUAACCAACCUCUCCGAAAUCUGCACUGCCUCCCCUCUCCUCUCAGGUCUCAUAUUCGCCGCCGAAGACUUUGCCCUCGACCUCAACCUAACCCGCACCCCGUCCCUCUCUGAAUUCCUCUACGCACGCUCCGCCAUCGUCACCGCCGCCCGCGCACACAACAUCCCCUCCGUGAUCGACCUCGUCUGCACAUCAUACAGUUCACGCACGGCCGCAAACCCAGAGGAUAAGCGCGCGGUUGAUAUCCUGAAAGCCGAGGCGCAGGGUGGCAAGAGGCUGGGCUUCAAUGGGAAACAGUGUAUCCACCCCACGCAGGUUCCGAUAGUGCAGGAUACGUUUAGUCCGGAGAUGGAGGAGCUGCAGUGGGCGGUUAGAGUGUCGAUUGCGGAUGAGAAGGCUGCGCGGCAGGGGAGGGGGGCUUGGUCGUUGGGCGGGAAGAUGAUUGAUGUUCCUGUGGCGGAGAAGGCGAGGGUGAUUGUGAAGAAAGCGGUGGCUUGUGGAAUGGAUGUUGAGGCGGUUAAGAGGGAGUGGAUCGACCAGGAGCCGGAGUAA